CUCAUAGAACCGUUUAGCCACCCCUUUUGGUUUGUGGUAACCGUAACGGUCAAAUAUUACUGUUGAAACUUGUUAUUACGGGGUUUUUGUCGGUUGUCAGUAAUAUCCGAGUUUUAAAACUAGUUGUUGUAAUGGUCAAAGCUGAAAAAGCGGCUUCAGCAGUGAAAGCCAAACCUAGAAAAGCCAAUGGCUACAAAUUUCCUGAAAAACUUCCGGAAGGGCAAAUCCUUAAGGAUGUUAUGAAAAAGGAAUGGAUCCUUGGGCCUUCUAUUGGUAAAGGAGGCUUUGGUGAAAUAUAUUGUGCUGCACGAUAUGAGAAUGGAAAAUUUGAUAAGAGCUAUCCAUUUGUUGUAAAAAUAGAACCUCAUGAAAAUGGUCCUUUGUUUAUGGAAAAAAAUUUUUACAUCAAAGUAGCCAAGCUAGAAAAUGUUGAGGAGUGGAAAGCCAAGGAGAAAAUAAAAGUUUUAGGAAUUCCUACGUAUUAUGCCUCUGGCUCUCACGUUUUCAAAGAUGAAAAAUAUCGUUUUCUCAUUAUAGAGCGUUAUGGGAAUGAUUUGUGGAACUUGUUUUUAAAAAACAAGCGAUUCUUGCCUGAAACAGUUUUUAAAUGUGCCUUACAAAUAAUAGAUGUGCUUGAGUUCAUACACAGUCGGGAUUACAUACAUGGCGAUAUCAAAGGGGCCAAUCUUCUCUUAGGCUUGCAAAAAGGCACAGAGAACAAUGUAUUUCUUGUUGAUUUUGGUCUGGCUUGCAAAUACUCGACAAAAGAAUUUAAAAGAGAUCCAAAACAGGAGCACAAUGGAACUAUUGAGUAUACUAGCUGUGAUUGGCACCUUGGCGUGCCAACACGUAGAGGCGAUAUGGAAAUCCUUGGUUACAAUUUACUACACUGGAUUGCCUCAAGCUUACCAUGGGAAAAUGAUAUAAAAAAUAAAGAAAAAGUCCAUGAGAAAAAACAACAAUUAAUGAAAGAUGUUAGCAAUUACUUUAAAAAACAUUUUCCAAAUGUGCCAACAGUCAUUUCAAAAUACAUGGAGUACAUAUCAAAAUUAAAGUAUGAUGAGGCACCUGACUAUCAUUUUUGCAAAAAUCUUUUUACAACAGAACUGAAAAAGAUGUCAUGUCCUAUUGGAAGCAAACUUGAUUUUUCUGCAAUAAAGAAUACACCGAAAAAAAUACCUAGCACUCCUAAGAAAGUCGCGACUCCAAGAUCAGGGAAAAAGAGGAAAACUCCGACUAAAGAGAUUAACGAAGUCAGUGAUGCAGAUCCUGAAGAAAUCCAACCAAAAAGAACUAGAAGGACACCCAAGAGAAAUGGAGUUGUCCCAGAAGAAGACAAAGAAGAGGAAGAAAUUAAAUCAGAGACAACAGCUAAAUUAGAGCCAAAAGCUACUAAGCCCACACGUCGUGUAAGAAGGAAGAUUGAAAAGGUUGCCAUCUUAUCAGAUGAUGAGGAUGAUGAAAUUAUUGCUAGGACCCCUGAAGAACCAAAAAAGACUGUUAAAAAGACAAAAAAUCAAAAAAAAGAAGUGGACAAAGUUAGUUGGAGAGAUGCCCCAACAGUUGCAGGAAAUAUAAAUAAUAAAGCAGGUGAAUACAUUAAAAAAACAACGUUGUCAAGAAGGAAACCAUAAUAGAAAUUGUCUACUGCUGUUGUUUCAAAUAUUGCCUGACUUUUUAUUAUAUUUUUUUAAACUAUUUUAAUGUAUGAAUACAUCAUUUACUUGUUA